GUUGAUGCUUUAGCCAAAACUCAUCCAUACAAUCCUCUCUGGGCUCAGCUUGGGGAUUUGUAUGGAGCCAUCGGUCUUCCACUCAAGAUUUCACGUACAGUUGUGGUUGGCAAGAAGGCAGAUGUUGUCAAGCGUUUCCUCUACAUUCUUAGCUACUUCAUCCGGUGCAGCGAAGUGCAGGAAAACUCUGACCCCCAGUGCCUCAGCAAUAUUGUCAACGACACUCACUUCGAUUCGUCAUUGUCGCCAACACUCAGUGAAAAGACACUCAUCGAUAUGCUGGAGCGAAGCACAAGUCCCAUUGGCAGUAGUGCAUUUAUGAUUAGACAAAACAGUAACGGCAGUAGUGGCAGCGGGGGCCUGCUGAGCCAAAAGUUGAGCAGUAUGGACAGCCCCUGGGUACACUCGCGCCAUAAAUUGGAUGUGCCUUUUGAAGAAUCUGGCGACAAUAAUUUGUCUAAGGUGGUUCAUAACCAGCCACAAGUGGUGCAUAGUUCUAGCCCUAGCAAAGCACAUACGUCCUGCUGCUUAGAGAGAAGUGACAGUGGGUAUAAUGGUGCCAAUUUUGAGUGUAGCUGUGAACAAGAACCCAGACCAUUGACUUCUAUAUGUGCUGAUAAUAGGGAUUUAGUUGGAAAAACUUCUUCAGAGAUAAAUCGGUGCGUCAAAGUGCUUUCUAGUGCUAAAAAUGUGUUUUAUGAUCAUGAAUAUCAACCUCAUUUGAACCAUGUAAGUAGUGAUUUGGUUAUUUUACCAUCCAGACCUCGUAGUAAUUAUGAACCUGGGGAUGUCAUGAUAAAAGAUAUUUCUCCGGUGAAAUCUACAACCCAGACAGUGUCUUCCAACUCUUCUGCUGGUGAGCCUAUGGGUAUGAGUGAACUGCUUAAUUAUGAACCAGGCCACUUUCCUCCUGUGUCUUGUAUUGAUUCAUCCAAGAUUGUCGAAUCUCCUCGUAUUGAGCGUUUGAUGCUGGCUUCAAAAGCAGCAGCUCCUUCAAGGUUUGAUAUGCCAGACUGUGUUAAAGUGCCAGUUGAACCUGUGUCUAGGUCACACUCGUUUUCAGAAGGAAAGGUCAGGUCAAGGCUGACUCAGCAGUUGGAUAAAGGCCUAGAUGUUUUUGAUGAUAUAGAAAACAAAAUGGUGGCCUCAUCUGCUGGAUCACCAUCUCCAUGGUUGUCGGGAGAAAGUAGGAAGGAAGCAGAUUCCAGCAAAUUGUUCCUAUCCAGACAAACCAGCCAAGAUUCUAAAUUACAGCAAGGGAGGCCAUCUAAUCUUGGCAAAAGCAGGCCCAUCACCCCCACAGAGCUGAGUAGGCGGCGCCACCUGUCCUCCACAGGCAGCAUUGACUAUGAAGCAUUUGAUCCUAUGAUUCACUGCAAAGAGAUCAAAAUACCAAAUUCGCUGACAGAGUCUGGGCAGUGGCAUAUCAAAGCAUUUGACCGCAACUUUGGUCAUUCGCUUCUUGCAGGCUACACUGACCACUACAUGUCGGAUUUUGUCCUGCAUGGUACCUCAGAUACAAACUUCAAACCUCGUUUGCUCAAUGAUCUUCAGAUGGCAGUUAGACAUUCCGUGUUGGAUGAGCCAAUUGAUGAAGCUGUGUGUGUGAUAGCGGACACAGAUAGCUGGACUGUGGAGGUAGCCAGUAGUAAAGUCCUGGGCAUGUCACCAUCUGGAUGUACGACGUGGACAUCUUCACAACUGGUUGCUGAUUUGAUUGAGUCUGUGGUUGAGAUCUCUAAGCUGAAGAUGAGUGCUGAGUUUUGCCUGAUGCAUGUGGAGGACCGGCUGCAAGAGAUUUAUUUUAAAAGCUUGAUGUUAUCUGAAAACCUUCGGGCUACUACCACAUACAGCCAGCGAGAGCUUACUGCCAUGCUUGGGUUUGAGUCCAGUGACAUGCCUUUGUUGUUGGCUAUAGCCGGAACACUCACCCCAGUCAGCUGUAUGGAAGCCAGCAAUUAG